AUGAGCUUGAUUACGGAGAUAGGAGGAUUGUCAUAUUUCCAAUUUAAUGUUGACUCACAGGAUGAGUUCAGUAAGAUCUCAACGUUGAUAUCGGGGCACUUGCUGGAACCGUACUCGAUUUAUGUAUACUGGUUUUUCUUAAAUACUUGGCCGCAAUAUUGCUAUAUAGUUAAAGAGUCUGCCGAGUCGCCAGAUAUAGUGGGGGUAAUAAUAUCUAAAGUGGAGCCACAUCGGGAUGUAAGAAUGAGAGGCUACAUUGGGAUGCUAGUGAUCGAUCCAGCCUACAGAGGACGAAAAAUCGCCACGCACUUGGUAAAGUUGACGGUGGAUAGGAUGGUCCAAUUGGAUGCAGUGGACGAGGUGAUGUUGGAGACUGAGGUAAUCAAUAAGGGUGCAUUAGGGUUGUAUGAGUCGCUUGGGUUUGUUAGGUCAAAGAGACUUUAUAGAUACUAUUUGAACACACAUGAUGCGUAUCGAUUGAUCUUACCGAUUUCUUCCAAGUCUGGCACCAGAAUAGCAUUUUUACCACCCAUUGAGGGUUCUGAAGCGAUGGCGGCGUGA